AAGAGAGGGAAAGGAGAGGAGGGAGGGAGGAAGGGCAGGAGGGGCGUUGUUUGCUGAGGACAAAAAUAAGACUCGUGCAGAAAGUCAAGGAUGAUCAUAACCAUAUGGUGGCUGCUUUUCUUUUUGGGCUCGGAAGAGGCAGAGAAAAAGGGCUUUGGGAGACACGGACAAUGACAAAAAAGAAAGGCGGCGCAAGAGAGAGGAAGAGAGAGCGAGGGUGGGAGGAGAUAAAGCAAGCCAGCACAGAGGAAAAACAAGUAGGAAGACGAGAAAUUGGAAGUGAGGCAGCUGGAGUCUGAGCCAAAACGGCCCACCUGAAUGCGCGAGGCUGUGCGUUGUGUUUGGAUUUAAGGAAGGAGGAGCUGAGGGAAGGGUGGAGGAGGAAAGGAGGGUCUGAAGGAGGAGAGCAGGGAGGGCUGGCCCCGGAGAGGAAGCUGCCUGCUGGCAGGGCCGGCACACACACUAGUGAUGAAGUGAAGUCACUCGCAGGAAUUCUCCAGGCUGCAUCUGGGUGUUUUUUUCUCUUUUUUUCCUUCGAUCCCUUUCUUUGUAAACCAGUAACUUCCUCUGUGUGCUUGGGCCGAGGGCUGUUGGAGCUGUCCUCUGCACUCCUUUCUGAGGACACCCUGGAGACACACUGGACACACCACAACGAGGACACGGCGCUGUCUACACACACCCUCACACACUUGCAUGCAGCACAGCCUCACGCUAUAGAAGCCAACAUGUGACCUGAGAGAGAGCAAGAAGGAAUCAGAGAGAGGCAGCAACCAUCAGCGAAACUUUUUUUUUUUACUAUCUUUCCCUUAUAUGGAGAAACAACUGGAAAAUCAUUUGAAUUUGUCUGGUUUCUGUCGCAUGGCUGGUUCAGUUUCAUGUGGGGUGUCUGCGAGGGCUGUGUGCAGCUGAUUGUCACUGCUUAUGCUGUUCUUAGUUCUUCUUUCCUAUGCUGUUUGCGUGGUUUUUUUUUUAGGACACAGCAGGAGGGCUGUGUUUGUGGCGCGGAGGCUACACCCUCUCACUCUGCGUCAGGAGGGCUAGGCUUCAUUCAUGCCCUGCUGGUCCUCUCUUCUGGUCUCUCUCUCCCAUAGCUCUCCCUCCCUCUGUUCUCUCUCUCUCACUCUUUAUUGUAAUUCAUUGUUGUGUACUUGGGAGACUCGCCUGUUUCUAUAGAAAAGGGAGCUACAAACCCUCGCUAAGGGGAAUGAGCGGUUGCUAAUGAGCGAAGUGGACCAGAGCUCAUCAAGGAGGAACUGUUGUAUUUGAGGACACACACAGACUACCCUGGUGUGGGGAAGUCCUAUUCCCGCUUCACACCUCUCCCUUAUGUCUGACCCAGUGGCAUUCUGGCUGAUGAAAACAAGGAAGAGGAGUACUCUGUCCCUACUGGAACUGACUGGGGAGAGGAGCAUGAUGGGAAAGCUCUAAACCCUCCGGAGUACCACACAACGACAACUCCUCAUUGGACAGUCAUGUCUCAUCGCCAUGUGUGUCUAUGUGUGUCUGUCAGACAUUGUUGUGGAUAACGUUGGAGAACAGACACUCUCCUCACGGACGACGGAGGGUUGACUGCUGGAAUCAUCAUGGCCACAGCGGCCUGGUAUCACCGGGACAUCAGCCGUGUGCAUGCAGAGGAUUUGCUGGCUCGAGCAGGGAGGGAUGGCAGCUUCCUUGUUAGGAACAGUGAGUCUGUACCUGGAGCCUACGCCCUGUGUGUACUGUUCCAGCGCCAUGUUCACACCUAUCGUAUCCUCCCUGAUGCAGACGGUCUUCUUGCUGUUCAGACAACUCAAGGGGUUCAGGUGAACUGUUUCCGCACACUGGGGGAUCUGGUUUUGGGGUACCAGAACCCCCAUAAGGGGUUGGUCUCACCCCUGUGGUACCCUGUUGGACGAGACUCUGAAGCUGGGGAUGACAGCUCAGAUGGCGAUGAAGAGAAGCCAGGAAGCGGUUCUUCUCCUUCUUCAGCCAACCCAGCCCCUCCUACCGGGCCUGCCGCCACCCCUCCACCCCACACCCUCUUCCUCCACAGACUACAGGAACUCUGCACUCCCAGCCUGGCAAGCGAGGUGGUGAGCGCGCUCAGUGAGUACCUACGCAGUGACCUGCCCAUGGACAUGGAGGGAGUCCGCAGGGGGGCACCGCGGCUGCGCCACCUUCACCGUACCCUGGGCACAGCCUGCCAGGGCCUCCACAGUGAGAUCGACCUGACCCUGUCCAGUCUGGAGACCCUGGCCAAAGUGUUUGAUCAUCCCACCUGCCCUCUGACCAGCUCACAGAACUUGGGGUUGGUUCCGGAGGUAGAGAUGGACAACCUGCUGUUUAAGAUCUCAGCCUUAGUCAGUCUCCUCUCAUCCCUGGAGAAGAGGGUGUUAAAUGCUCUGCAAGAUGCCGUGACCAAUCACAAUCUGGCUGUGCAGCCUGCCCCUCCCCCUGAGCCAUCCCCUGCUCAUGUGGCCAAGAGCCAUGCCAGGCCCACGCCUGUUCACUCCUUUCAGGUGAAGAUGGUGCGGUACGGCAGACAGACGGUGUCAGUGGAUGUAGACACAGGAGUACUGCUGUUCGACAGGAAAACUGGCUCGUUCCGGGUGGAGACGGUCUCACAUGAGCGCAUUCUGCAGCUCGUCAAGUUCCAGAGCAGCUCGGCCAAGCUCCGCAUGGUGGUGGACAGUCAUCACAACCCACCACGAGAGCUGAUGUUUGAGAGUGCCCGAAAGCGAGAAGCCUUCUGUCAGCUGCUGCAGGUGAUGAAGACCAGACACUCCCAGCUGACUGAGCCUGAUGUCAUCUCUGUGUUUGUGGGAACCUGGAACAUGGGUGGCUCCCCGCCCCCUCGCAGCCUGCAGUCCUGGGUGACCUGCUGUGGUUUGGGCCAAACGCUAGAUGAUUCCACCGCCCUGCUCCCUCACGACGUCUACGCUCUGGGCACCCAGGAGAACCCGCAGGGUGAGAGGGAGUGGACGGAGCAUGUCAAGGCCACACUGCACAGUCACACGCACUUCCACUACAAACCGGUGGCAGUGCAGUCCCUGUGGAACAUGAAGCUGGCUGUGUUUGUGAAGCCAGAGCACGAGAGCCGCAUCAGCCAUGUCAACACAGCCAGUGUAAAGACAGGCCUAGGGAACACACUGGGAAACAAGGGUGCUGUUGGGAUCUCCUUCCUAUUCAGCGGAACCUCCUUUGGCUUUGUUAACUGCCAUCUGACCUCUGGGAGUGAGAAAGUACUUAGGAGGAACCAGAACUGUGCAGACAUCCUACGUCUGCUGUCUCUAGGGGACAAGCAGCUCAGUUCGUUUGAUAUCAGCCUGCGCUUCACACACCUCUUCUGGUGUGGAGACCUCAACUACCGCCUGGACCUGGAGGUGCAGGACAUACUGGAGCACGUGUCCAAGCGAAAGUUUGAGGCGUUGAUGUGUGCCGACCAGCUGACUAGAGAGAGGCACAAGAGGAAAGCCUUUCUCAACUUCAAGGAGGAGAAGAUUGAGUUUCCACCCACCUACAGAUAUGAGCGGGGGUCCAGGGACUGCUACCUAUGGCAGAAAUACAAGACGUCCGGGGUGCGUGUUAAUGUGCCUUCGUGGUGUGACCGUGUUUUGUGGAAGAGCUACCCAGACACACACAUCAGUUGUACUUCCUACGGUUGUACUGAUGACAUCUUCACCAGCGACCACUCCCCAGUGUUCGCCACCUUCCAAGUUGGUGUGACAUCACAGUAUGUCUCAAAAAUAGACCCAAACUUGAGCAUGGAGCGAGCCUGGAUUGAGCUGGAGGUGGUUGAGGCCAUUGUGAAGACAGCUAGCAAAGCCAAGUUCUUCAUUGAGCUCCAUUCGUCCUGCUUAGAAGAGAUCCGGCGCUCUAGUGAGAAUGACUCACAAAGCUGUGAUGUGCCUGGCUUCCUGAAACUGGCCUGGUCCACUAAACAGCUGCCCAAACUUCUUCCGAUCAUUUCUGACAUGGAGUAUCUUCAGGAUCAGCACCUGCUGUUGUCCAUCAAGUCAUGUGAUGGCUUCGAGUCAUAUGGAGAGUGCUGUGUGGCGCUGCGCUCCCUCGUCGGCGCGUCUGAGCCGUUUGAGACAUUUCUGAGCCACCGAGGUGAGGAGAUGGGCUCCAUCAGGGGGAGGGUCCGGGUCCACGUGCCCAAGGACAGGAGAGGAACGCGGGAGAAGAUCUAUGAAUGGUUCUGCUUUGAGAAAGAUGAGAAGGAUGUGGUGAAGGGUCACUUGUCUCCCCAGUCGACUCGAGCUCCAUUCGGCCGAUCAUCGGACAUUCCUCCUAAGACCACUGCCAGCAGCUACACUAACCCCGCCUACUUCAUCUUUGAGGGCGUUCCAGUGCUCAGCAAAGUGGAGGAGGCCCCGCCCCAUCGCAGGGACCCUCAGGUGGUCUGGUCAGGUAACGAGGUUCUGCAGCUCCCCAAACUCUCGGGGCGGUGGGGCGCCAACAGGAAAUCGACUCGCAGGUCUGACUUCACAGAGAUCGAGAUCCCGGCCAUCCUGCCGCGCUACUCCUCCGCCAAUGAACUUCCUUCAACUCAGACAAACUCCUCCUAUCAGCUCUUCCCGUCUAAAGAUCCACCUCCCAUGCCCUCACCCCCAAACAGCACUACUUCCCUGUACCAGGAACAGCCCUCACCACCCAGGGCUGUUAAAAACAAUGCUGUCCAGGACGCUAUCCUCCCGGUCAAGAACCAGAGGAACGUGUACAUGAACCACUCAACCAUCUACAGAGAGACAACCAGGAGGAAUCAGUCCAUGAGAUAUGAGCGGACCAACCUGGUCCAGGGCGGUGAGACCCCCUCUCUGUACCCCUACGUAUCCGCCCGCGUGGCCCUCUGUCCGGCCCCGACUCCCUGGGUGGUGGAGCCUCCGGCUGGGACUCCAGGGGACAGCUCCCUCACCGCCCUGCAGAUCGCCAAAUCUCUCAGUGAAGUGGACUUCUUCCCCUCGUACCACCAAGGGUCCGCCACGGCGGGCCAGAGGUCAGCCCAGAGGAAUGGCCCAGCCAGGGUUACAGAGAGGGGUUGCAGCUGGGAGAAUGAGAUGUGCAUCCACCAUGGGGCUCCAGAGACAGUACAAGAGCUGCUCAGCAUGCUGGGCCUCCAGAGAUACACCCUGGGGCUCAGUCUCAAUGGCUGGGACGAUCUCCACUACUUCAGUGGAAUCACUGAGGAGGAUCUGCAUGCUGCUGGGGUGAUCAACCCUUCGCACCGACGGAGGAUCCUGGAGAACCUGCCUAGAAUAUGGGACUGACCUGGCAGUGAGAAGACACCCCACACUCCCAGGUCCAUCAGAGGGAACCUGCUGCCACUGACUUCAACCCACAGAAAAGAUAGACUGUAUUGUUGUCAGAUGACAACAUCACUGAACGUCAAGUAACCUCUAGCCCUUGUCUACACCUCACUUACUAAAUCAGUACUGUUAAAACAUAUUUGUCUGUAUGCAGAUAGACAACAGACAGGGCACAUAUCCCAAUACAGAUACUGAUCUUAAAAGUUCACCAGUCUAGCUUUGACAGAGAAAUGCCUGUUAAAUACACAAUUCAGCUCAUGACUCUAACCUGGCCUGUGGUGUUAAACCGCCCCCACCAUUCUCCACACUCACCAGCGGUUAGUGUUUACUUUCCAUCUCCAUGCCUCAUAUCCCCUUGUACCAUUUUAUCUGCUCUCCUCCUAUAGAGGUCUGCUCGCAACCUAUAAAACCCCUCUAAAAAACCCACAGAGCAUGAAAUGUAUAGCUGUACAUAUUUACUGUUGGAAACUGUUAUUAUCUCAUCACUUAAUCAGUGACUCUGCCCUGUUUUACUGCCUUCUAAAACGAAAUGACAUCAAAUCCAUAAAAUCAACUGUUGACUGAGAGAUCCAGAGUGUCUGUUUAUGCAGCCAUGCAACAGUGAAGGAUGUUCAACUCCUGCCUGACACCUGCCCAGCUCCGCACCCCGGUGGUGCUGUCUUUGUGGCUUCUAACACAGUCACUCCCUGUUUAUAUGAAUUUUGGUUGAUGACUUGAGUUCUGAAAAAGUUAUCCCGAUCUAACAUCGAAUAGGAUAGGGGUAGGAUUAGGGUAUCUCAGACUGCAUCUUCUUCUCCAUAUAAAACAAAA